AUGGUAGCACAAACAGGUUUUGCAACUUUAAUUUCGCGAUUUAUCUUUUUUCUUGCCUCGUUUAUAGUUUUGCUAAUCAGCUCGCUUGUAAUUGGUAGGAUAAAUUAUCACGGUCAUAUUGAUUGGUUGUUAUUAACAAUGGAAGUUCUUCACGAAGGUCAUCUUGAAAGAUGUAUUCAUGUCUCCGAUACAAAAAAAGAUUGGAAGAAAGCUUACUUUGUUUAUAAAAAACAUACGAGGGCUGGUAGCAAAACAUUGGAGUUUUUCAAAGACAGUAACUGGAAGCGGCAAGAACCGAAAGGCGUGAUCAAUUUAUUCGCCGGUUACAACGUGCAGAUCGUUGAUGGUUCAAAAAAGAAAUUUCGCUUCGAGCUCACUACUGUGGAGAAGACUUAUGAACUUUAUGCCUCGUCUGAAGGUGAGCGACAGAAGUGGGUCGAUCUCCUCCACGAUGGCUUGAUAGUAAAAACCUUUAACGUUGUUUUGAUACAAAGUCCACCAAACGCUUAUUCCUUUAUUCGCGAUAUUCAUGGUUCGUCUCAACUACAGAUAAGCGAGUCUUCCGUUUCUUUGAUAUCGACUGGAGCACAGAGUCUUACAUGGAAAUUCUCCACCAUACGCAGAUAUAAGUCACACAAUGGUGCUUUUGUGUUAGAAGUCGGCAGAAAAGCUCAAACGGGGGAAGGAGAAUUUAAGUUUGAUACUGUCAACCCAGCAGAGUUAUUUGAUGUGCUCGACAAAGCUGUCAAAGAUCGUAGUAAAGCGAAAGGUGUCAGUGAUACAACCCCACUCAAGGCACUGCCAUCGGCUCUUGAGAGCAGGAAGCCUCUUGCUCCUCCUAUGCAACCGUCUGCUUCCAUCGUACGUAGACCUUCAGAUAAAGCUCCAACAGUUCCGCCACCUCCUCCGCCUGAUAAGAACGAAUACAGCCACAUUCACUCAACAAGUCAGAAAUCGCCGACCAAUCAGCCUACUGAUAACGGCGAUUAUCAUAAAUUAUUUGCCCAUGACAGGUUGGUAAAACAUAGAAAUUCGGAACCUACGAUAUCCACACGUGUUGACAAGUCAAAGCAAGUAAAUAGUUCUAUUUCCCCUGUGGAGGAGAGCGAUGAAUUGUAUAUGGAUAUGUCUGCUUCUAAUGAGGAGCUUCAACGUGGUGAAACGCAAGCAGCGCCCAGUCCAAAGCCGCGUCCAAACCCUCCUCCCCGUGUCAGACCAAAUGAUUUCGGUAGCCCGUUGGCCAAGCCUCUAACGAAAAUUCCGCUUUCAAAAACCAAAUCCACACCCAGCGACGAAAACACAUACGAUACGCCGUUAUCUCCCAACCGAAGUCAGAGCACGAAAGUAAUGGCGAAAACUGAAUACGAUCAUCUGUUCAAUCAAAAGCACGUUGUUUCCGAUCAAUCUGAUUAUAGUCAUUUAAGUCGAAAUACGGGAAGUAGUUGUACUAAUGUUUCAUCCGAUUUCAGGCAACCAGCAGCUUCUCCGGUGACAGAUGAUAAUUUUUAUGAUUCACCCAAAUCCGCCAUACCUGCCAUUCAGCCUUCACCAAAAAAGACACCGGUAAAACCGGCACGAUCCGCCCCGAUGGCGCCAUCACAUACGAAUUUUAAAGACAGUCGGAAAGGUUACUCGCCUGUUACACCGGGAGGUAACGUUAUCUUGAAAUUAACUCGAAAUAAUAGCAUUGCUGACAGUCAACCGGUAUACGAUUCACCUUCACGUCAAGUUGACGCCGAACAAGAAAUCGAGGGAUAUAAUAAAGUCGGGGAUAUAAUCCCUGGAGAGUACCAUCGUUCGACAGACGCAGACGGGUAUGUUCGUGUACCAAGCGAUUCGCUUGAUGAUGAAUCAGGGGGGAUAUAUCAAGUUCCACGCGGUGAAAAAUCAGGAUGAAUUUCACAUUAAACAUACGAGAAACUACUAGUUUAGAUCUCUUCUUUAGAUCUCGAAAUUGUUUUAUUUAUACCACCACUUAACAUUUUAAAUUUGAAGUUCAACACAUCUUGAAAACUAGCACCCGUUUCUUUAUCCCUUUUUUGGUCUGCUUUUAAAAGCUAUUCGGAAUUGUGUGUUACCACACCAACUCCGAUUUUCACCCGGUUUCUUCUCCUAGAUAUUUAACUCCCUGGAUAAUUUUUGCUAAUACUAUUUCGUGUAUAUAAAUAAUCUGUUUCAUUUUGUUUUAAUUUUAUUUUACAUUUGAAUAUACUUUUGAUAGAAAUUUUGAUAUUUUUCGUAGUAAUGUAUUUUAUAUUGUUCACAAGGGUGUGAGCCUGUUGUUUUUCGGUUGCUUAGUUACAGCACCUCCCUAAGGCUUGUUUUUAUUUGACUGCAUUUUCUGCUAUAUGCAAAUCUGGACAAAAGUUAUUAUUUCUUCAAAGUGCGCACGAGCAACAAAACCUCGCGAGCUAUUUGCACAAUAGCGGAGAUGCGGUCAAGUGGAAAUAAGCCUUAGGGAGAUAAACUUUUACAAGGCCAAUUUUAGAGCAUUUUUCUUGAAUUUAUUUUUCUCAAAGAUAUUUUCAAGCAAAAUGCGAGCGGUUUGUAUUUUUCGUAAUAAGAAUUAAUUUUUUAAUAAGAAAACUUUUCUUAACUUUUGCAUGAGUUUAAUUUCGCGAAUCUGGCACAAAUUAGCAAAA